AGAAUGUUUCCAUUUAAAAAUCUGGUCUGUGAUUGAAACAAUAUGCUUCAAUACCAAUGCUUUUACAGGAAAUCCCUAUGGAGUCUGAAUACUUGAAGAAGUGCUUGGGAGCAUGCUUAGUUCAGGGUCUUGCUAAGGUGGUUGAGCAUCGACCACCAGAUCCAAUAGAGUACCUGGCAUUUUGGAUUUAUGAAUACAGGAGAAAAAUUGAUGUUCGUCAUCAGAAAAUGCUAGAGAAGCUUCAACUGAGUGAGGAGAAAAUGGAAAGCCUUUUGGAACUGGAAAUAGCACAAAAACUGAAAGCAGAGGAAAUUCAGUUCCAGAAAAAACAUGAAGAGCAUCAAAAAAAAACAAUUUUGGAAACUUAUCCAGGACAAAAACCUCGUAUGUGGCAGGACAAGUUUGGAGUCCUGACAUUGCCCCCUCUUGAAGAAAUAGAUGAGUCUUUAUUAAACAUUAAUAAAGAAAAUGCAUCCAAAACAGACAGGAAUGAAAAAAAUUUACCUGCAUCUGAUAAUAUUGACAAGACUGAAUCUGAAAAAAAAAACUGAUCCAGAUAUAGUGAAUCUUACCUGAGGAUCAGCUAUCCAGUUCAAAAGCUAGAAUUUCUCCAUGAAUCCAGUGUCCUCACUGGAGAAACAAAUAUCAACUUUAUAUCCUCCUGGUCAGUAGUAUAAUGUUAUUUUUAGAAAACUAAAAUUAAAAAAAUUAAGUAUUGCAUUGGAAAUUCUGGCUUCUGAUUUAAUCAUGUAGAUAACUUACCACAA